CGGUGAAGGGGGCAGCGGUGGGAAGGAACUGCGGGCUGGACGAGCUCCGGGAGUCGGGCUGGCAAAACUUGAGUUCUGUAAAACUCUGCGGUGGCAGCGGAGCCCCGGACGCGCUCCGGGCCGUGCCGGUGAGCGGAGCGGGCAGCGCCCGGAGCGCGGGCAGAGCCCGGCGGGGCAGCGCUCGGAGCGCGGGCAGAGCCCGGCGGGGCAGCGCCGGUGCUGCCGCUCUGUCCCGGAGAGACGUCGCGGUGUGUGCGGACGCGGACGCGCGCGUUCAGGAACACACACUUUCAACCUGCCCUGGUCAAGAUAAGCUUCUCUGAUUUGGCUGCAGAAGAGAAGACCUGGAGAAGAAAGUCCUGCCAGGACAUGUCACAUGCCAGGAACUAUGGGAUAUCCUAUCCUGCAUCUGGGGCCUGCUGCGGACUGGGGCAGGAGCUCUGAGGAUUCAGCUGCAUAGCUUUGUCACAGCUGCACAGCUCCCCUGACACCAGGCUCAUUCUGCUGGGAGGACUUCAGAUAAAGGUGUGAAGAAAACCUUGCAAGGCCCCUGGUAUUGUAAGUGCUUUUUGCACACAGGCUGGUGCAGACAGCCAAGUGCUGCAUCUCCACUUCGAAGGACUGGGAUGUAAACUUGCUCCAGCUCAGCUUCUGCUUUGGUGCAGCUUCCAUUUGGAAAUCUCCAGAGUCUGCCCUGUGACUCUAAACCUCAGCUGGAUGCUUUUCUACUCCUUCUCAUCUUACCUCAAUACCUCAAGACACCUCUUUCAAAAUCAUUUGUCAUUUGAGCUCUGCUGUGCGACAGAUGCAGGGGCUUUAAUCCAGGAUGAACGAAUGCUACUAUGACAAGCGCAUGGACUUUUUCUACAACAGGACAAAGACGGACACGGCGGAUGAGUGGACAGGACCACAGCUCAUUGGUGUUCUAUGCUUUGGCACCUUUUUCUGCCUCUUCAUUUUUAUUUCAAAUUCAUUGGUCAUAGCAGCUGUGGUGAAGAACAAGAGGUUUCAUUUUCCCUUUUACUAUCUUCUGGCCAACUUAGCAGCUGCAGACUUUUUUGCUGGAAUCGCCUAUGUCUUCUUGAUGUUCAACACGGGCCCGGUGUCUAAGACGUUGACAGUUAACCGCUGGUUUCUGCGCCAGGGUCUCCUGGAUACCAGCCUGACGGCGUCCCUGGUGAACCUCCUUGUCAUCGCUGUGGAGCGCCACAUGUCCAUCAUGCGCAUGAAGAUCCACAGCAAUCUCACCAAGAAGAGAGUCACCUUCUUAAUUAUAUCCAUUUGGGCCAUUGCUAUUUUCAUGGGUGCUGUUCCGACCCUGGGUUGGAACUGCCUCUGUGACAUUACUGUCUGCUCAUCCCUGGCACCCAUUUACAGCAGAAGUUACCUGGUGUUCUGGAGUGUCUUAAACCUGGUUGUCUUCUUCAUUAUGGUGGUGGUUUACAUAAGAAUCUACAUGUACGUCCAGAGGAAAACCAAUGUCUUGUCCUCACACACUAGCGGGUCCAUCAGCCGGAGGAGAACCCCUGUGAAGCUUAUGAAGACUGUCAUGACUGUCUUAGGUGCCUUUGUUGUCUGCUGGACCCCUGGCCUGGUUGUCUUAUUGCUUGAUGGACUGAACUGUACUGACUGUGGGAUUCAGCAUGUUAAAAGGUGGUUUCUUCUCCUGGCCCUGUUGAACUCUGUCAUGAAUCCAAUAAUUUAUUCAUACAAAGAUGAUGAGAUGUGGGCUACCAUGAAAAGGAUGAUUUGCUGCUCCUCUGAGGAUAAGAGCCAGGAGAGACGCUCAUCUCGGAUCCCCUCAACAGUUCUCUGCAGGAGCACGGACAUCUCGGGCCACUACAUUGAAGAUGGCAUUAUUCAAGGGACAAUUUGUGGAAAAGGAGAUCUUGGUGACAAAGGAAACUCCUGAGCUAUGCAAGGGACUGACUUGGCUGGAAAAGGAGAGGGGGAAGGGAGAGGUUUUGUAAGAGGAGAUCGACUGGCAAAGCUAGUAAACAAUAUAUCCACUUUGUUCCAGAGCCUCAACUCCAGUGUUAACAAAAGUUCUUAUAAAUAAUUGCCUGAUGGAAAAACACUUUGUAUUGAAGAAAACUUUCUGUACUGCCAUCCUUUUUGUCUUUCAAGUACAUGAAAUUGUUUUUUCAUGUGAAUGGAAUAAAUACCUCUCAGAGAA